GAGGACGUCUCCGACCCAAAAUCUAUCCAAGGACACAAGGGCUGCUCCAGAGACUACGCUUCCCCAUCUGCUAUGUCGAUGGCAAUCCAGCAGGAGCCGAUUGGCUAUCGAGUCAAGCAGCGUAACACUGCACGACUUGUAACGUCACCGACAUCUUUCGACGAGGAUGCUUCAGGCGCCACUGAGCCUGAGAUCACGACGAUGCCUCCGAUACCAUUCGACCAAUCACCUUCUACUUCGCCUACGGGCAGGCGCAGGCGUACAGGCCACAAAUGCCUUGUCUGUCAUAAAUUCUUUCAUAGGUAUGUCACAUUUAUCACGUCUUCCUCUCCAUCAACUCCAGCAGACCGAGCUCGCUGAGCACCCAUAUGAACAUCCACAACAAUUUGCGGCCCUUCGCAUGCGGCUACCCCGGCUGCGACUCUCGCUUCAACGCGCGCUCGAAUGCGUUGCGCCACCGACACCUGCACGGCGUGGAAUUUGUGCGCGCGGUGGAGGCGGAGCAGCGGGCGACCGCGGAGCGCGAUGCGCGGGCGGCGCGGGGGGAGGGGGCGCUGUUCGCGGAGACCAUCGUCGCUGACGUUGGGGCGUCUUCGUCGGCGGGUCAGACGAGAUCGGGGUACGAUAACGUACGGUGGAUGCCCACGAAUCAGCCGACGAGGAAUUACGCGCCGUAUGUACUUUCGUCGCCCGGCCGGCGUUGUCGUCGCGCUGGUCGUUCGGAGAAAAAAGGCACCUCCAAGCAGGAUCAGACGGCUUCUUGCGUCGAAGAUGCACCGAGAUGA